AUGGCCUGUGCAUAGAAAACGCGUACCGGCUUCCACCGCGUUUACUGGCGUUACCUUGUAGAAAGUGGGGCAGAUAGGCACUAGACACCGCUCCCCAGGGGUGUACUUUCUGGCAUGUACCUCUUUUUUAGCUGCAACAUUAGCUGGCACCUUUUUUUACGUUCAACCGCGUUGCACAAGGCAAGAUCAAUCAGUCCAACCUUACGAGGAUCAAAUCAGUAAUCACGCUAGCGCCCGGGGCCAAUACAAAAGGACCUCCCACCCACCACCUUUUCUCCGUCAAACAUCUUUUGACUUCUUCUCCAUCUCCCAUCUCUAACUUCUGCCAGCACAACAAGCAUUUGGAUUCUUCCAAUUUCUGCAUCUUACUCAACAUCCCAUUUUAUACCCAAUUUCCGAAUUUUCAUCUCUAAUCAUCAACAUGCCUCCUAAAGCCGCUGACAAGAAGCCCGCCGCCAAGGCUCCUGCCACUGCCCAGAAGGCGCCCGAGAAGAAGGAUGCCGGCAAGAAGACUGCCGCUACUGGCGAGAAGAAGAAGCGCACCAAGGCGCGCAAGGAGACAUACUCUUCUUACAUCUACAAGGUCCUCAAGCAGGUCCAUCCCGAUACCGGUAUCUCCAACCGUGCCAUGUCUAUCCUGAACUCGUUCGUAAACGAUAUCUUCGAGCGAGUUGCAACUGAAGCCUCCAAGCUUGCCGCAUACAACAAAAAGUCCACCAUCUCGUCCCGAGAGAUCCAGACCUCAGUCCGCCUGAUCCUGCCCGGUGAGCUCGCGAAGCACGCCGUCUCUGAAGGAACCAAGGCGGUCACCAAGUACUCGUCAUCCACGAAAUAAGUGCUUGGUUUUCUGCGUCUGGUUUCUCUUUUGGGCAUG